UGUGGCUGCUGUGAUAUCGUUUGGAAGUGGUGUAGCAUGUAAAGAAACAAUUUUAUAUAAAUAUUUUGUAUAAAAAGAUAUUUGCAUAAAAAGAAAAUUUAAAUAAUAAUUCAAGUAAAAGUAUAGAAAAUAAAAUGUCUUUCGCAUCUAUAUUAGCUUUGUUUGCUACAGUGAUUACGUCUGUUGCUUUUGUUGCACUUACAAUAAUAAUGGGUUGGUACCUUAUAUGGAAAGCGUUUCUAUCAAAAUUCCGGCUUGUACGUGAACUGCUUGGCCAGGGUGAAGCUGAAGUUGUGAAUAAUCGACCACCUGUGAAUGACAACGCGGAGGAACAACCAGCACCUUCAACACAUAAGAAAGUUCGCACAGAUUAAUAUUUUUCAAAAAAUAUUAUAUAUAUAAAUAUUCCAUUAUAUUACAUUGGAAUAAUAAGGCUGUCUAUUAAUUAGGAUAAUUUGUGCUAAGAUUAUUAAUUUUAAGUAUACAAGGACGCUCUAUCUUUGUCAUUACUAAACGAACAUAAAGCAAAAUGAAUAUACGUUGUGCAAAACCUGAAGAUCUCAUGAGCAUGCAGCAUUGCAAUUUGCUGUGUCUGCCUGAAAACUAUCAAAUGAAAUAUUACUUCUAUCACGGUUUAACGUGGCCACAACUUAGUUAUGUAGCUGAAGAUGAUAAGGGCAAUAUUGUUGGUUAUGUCUUGGCAAAAAUGGAAGAACCAGAAGGCGAAGAAAUUAAGCACGGGCAUAUUACAUCGCUAGCAGUUAAACGUUCUUAUCG